GAAAUAUAUGACAUGUGUUGUACUGUAAUUUGAAUUAUUUUCUUUCGAGUGACGUAUGUAGAUAUUUACUUACAUAGUAGGUACCUGUCUAUAGAAUAAACAUAUGUGAAAUACGUCGUUUAAGUGCUAACUUCAUUCUAUCGACGGUUGAAAAAAGAAAAUUCAUGAAAAUUCGAUCAUCAUUCACUGAUUAGGUUUUUAAAAUGGCUUCAAAACAAUAUGAAUACUGCACAAAAACACAACUAGUUGAAAUUCUAGCUGAUUUAGACGCUACCGAAGAAUCCAUCAAGAAUGGUAUUCAAUAUCUGAAGGAAUGGAUGAGAAAACAACCUCAUUUGCCAGUUAUAGAAGAUGAUGAAUGGCUGUUUAAUUUUUUAUUGAGGAGCAAAAACAGUCUAGAAAUUGCUAAGAAAAAGAUUGACGAAUAUUUCACAAUAAGAACCUUGAUGCCGGAAAUUUUUCAAGAUCGUGACCCGUGCUCUGAAGCAAUUAUGAAUGCAAGUCGACAAGGCUGCUACAUUCCAACUUUGAAAUUAACUCCAGAUGGAUAUCGUGUUAUAAUAUUUCAAAUAUAUGACAAUUCGGAGAAGAGUUUUUCGGAUGCAGAAAGUCUUCUGAAACUUGCACAAAUCGCGACUGACCAUAGUCUGAAGGUUGAUAAAAUACGUGGAACGAUUUUGAUUCAUGAUUUACAAAAUGCUUCUUUGAAUAUCAUAGCUAAGGUGUUGCCUCAAAUGAGAAAACUAGUUUCUUUAACCACGAAAGCUAACCCGGGUCGUUUUCAAAAGGUUUACUUGCUUCAUAUGAAACCAGCUCUGGAACCCCUUCUUAGCUUCACAAAAUCGUUGAUGAAAAAAAAGUUGGCCGAAAGAUUGGUCAUAUGGAAAGAUGAUCCAAAAAAAUUAGCCACCGUUCUACCAAAAGAAGUAUUACCAGCAAUUUAUGGAGGAGAGUUAGAAUUAACCAUGGAAGAGUUGAGAGAUAUUUGGUUCGAGGAUGUGAAAAAAUGUCGAGAUUGGCUCAUUUCCGAUGAAAAGAACAGAGCUGAUUUGAGCAAAAAACCUGCUGAUGAUUUAUAUGAAAACGACGCUGCUAUUAAUUACGGAACAAAUGGCUCAUUUCGUAAAAUAUGCGUGGAUUUUAACGAAAGUUCGAUCGUCAUUUAUACAGAAAUGUCUUCAAAACAGUAUGAGUAUUGCACAAAAAGCCAACUUGCAGAAAUUCUGGCUGAAUUAGACGCUACCGAAGAAUCCAUCAGGAAUGGUGUAGAAUUUCUGAAGGAGUGGAUGAGAAAACAACCUCAUUUGCCAGUUAUCGAAGACGAUGACUGGUUAUUCAACUUUCUAUUAAGAAGCAAAAACAGUUUAGAAAUGGCUAAAAAAAAGAUCGAGCAAUAUUACACGAUGAGAACGUUGAUGCCGGAAGUUUUCCAAGAUCGUGACCCAUGUUCUGAAGAAAUUAUGACUGCAAGUCGACUAUGGUGCUACUUACCAGUUUUGAAAUUAACUCCGGAUGGAUGUCGUGUUGUAAUAUUUCGAAUAUUCGAAAAUUUGAAGGACAAAUUUUACAAUACAGAUAUUGCAGAUAGUUCCUUGAAACUUGCACAAAUCAUGAUUGACCACAGUCUGAAGGUAGAUAGAAUUCGUGGAACGAUUUUUAUUCAUGAUUACCAAAAUGCCUCCGUGAAUUUCGUAGCUGCGAUGCUGCCUCAUUUUAAAAAAUUUAUUUAUUUGACUACGAAAGCUAACCCGGGUCGUUUUCAAAAGGUUUACUUCCUCAACGUGAAACCUGCUCUGGAACCCGUUAUAAGCUUGGCUAAAACGAUUAUGAAAAAAAAGUUGACCGAAAGGAUUGUAAUAUGGAAAGAUGAUCCAAAAAAAUUAGUCACUGUUCUACCGAAGGAAGUACUACCCGCAAUGUAUGGAGGAGAAGAAGAAUUUACUAAUGAAGAGUUGAGAGAUAUUUGGUUCGAGGAAGUGAAAAAAAGUCGAGAUUGGUUCAUUUCCGAUGAAAAGAACAAAGCUGAUUUGAGCAAAAAACCUGCAGAUGAUUUAUAUGAGAGCACCGCUGCUAUUAGUAAUUAUGGAAUAGAUGGUUCAUUUCGUAAAAUCUGUGUGGAUUGAUUCCAAAAUUUCGUACAAUAUUAUUAUAGUAGAACAUACUGGUUUUAAAGGUCUCUAUCAAAAAAAUUCAAAAUGAUAAAGGGAGUUUUGUAUAAAAAUACCAAAGUACAAUUUUUUGAGCUGAAAUUUUUUUCAAAAAAAAAAAAAAAAAAAAAAAAAAAAUUUGAAAG